UGUCCGGGAAGCUGCGGAGGAUCAGAACGCUUUUGUUCCACAGAUUGCUGGAUAUUUUUUACAAAUUGACAAUGGUCUUGGUCACCAGGAGCCGCCAGUGAGAUAGGCCUGAAGUUCUUUGCGGACCGCACAUCGUUUUUCGAGCAAAUGGAGACUGCCUCACUUCAGGGACAAAGUAGUGACCCAGCAGAAGAUGGCACUGCUGCAGGGCGACUCAUGAUUCGAGUAAAUGGAGUUUUACAUGAUGUGAAAGAUGAAGACCCACAGAUGCCUCUGGCUGAAUACUUGCGCUCUAUUCUGCACCUGUGUGGGACAAAGACCAUGUGUCAUGAAGGAGGCUGUGGCUGUUGUGUUGUGGUGAUUGAAUAUGACGACCCCGUGAAACCAGAAAAAAGAAUGAUCAAGUCAAUGAAUUCGUGUUUGUUUCCAAUUGGGUCUCUCCUGUCAUUGAAAAACCAUCAAGUGAUAACAAUAGAGGCACUGGGGUCUGUAAAGAAAGGUUUACACCCCAUACAACAGCGAUUGGCUGAUUACAAUGGAAGUCAGUGUGGAUUCUGCAGCCCAGGCUUUGUCAUGCAGAUGUAUGGGCUUCUGAAGAACAAUGCAACUCCUGGUGCUCAGGAAGUGGAAGAUAACUUUGAUGGCAAUGUCUGCAGAUGUACAGGCUAUCGGCCUAUUUUAGAUGCCAUGAAGUCUUUUGUAAAGGAUGCAGAUAUAAGGCUGAGAGGAUCCUUCACUGAUAUGGAGGAUUUGAUGAUAUGUCCCAAAACGAAGUGGCCUUGUAAGAGGAGCUCUUUGGGUGAAGUUGUACCUUGCACUGGUCCAGCAGAGGGCAGCACCAGCAAGCUUUACAAUAAGGAUGGAAUAAAAUGGUACCAGCCCACUACGCUAACUCAGCUAUAUCUAUUAAUGCAGGAGCACUCUAGAGAAGCUGUCAAACUCGUACAUGGAGACACUGCUAAAGGCGUCUACAAGGGAGAUGGUCCUUAUAAAAUCUCCAUUGAUGUGAAAGGAAUCCCUGAUCUCUACAAGGUCACGAUGGAACCUGAUGGUUUAAAGGUGUGGUCCAAUGUCACCCUGAGUUCACUCAUUGACUACUUGAAACAAUACUCUGACCAAUCACCAUCCUACAAUGUUAUAGCUCGUCACUUGCUCAAGGUUGCAAAUGGACCUGUGAGAAAUGCUGGUGGAUGGGCUGGAAAUUUGAUGAUGAAAUGGAAGUACCGUGAGUUUGUAUCUGAUGUAUUUGUAGUCUUUGAAGUUGCUGGUGCCAAAGUGACUGUUUCGGAUAUUACUGGAUUGAACACUUACACUCCAAUGCAAUUUCUCGAUGUCAACAUGCAAGGAAAGGUUCUUUUGUAUGUGGAAAUUCCAAAGCUGACAGAGGGUGAAAAGAUGAACACCUAUAAGAUCAUGCCACGAAUGCAGAAUGCCCACACUUAUGUGAGCGCUGGGUUCCGUGUUCAAUUAAGAGCUUGGGAUAAGAAGCAAUCGGUAGAAUCCAUCUCAAUGGUAUACACUGGAAUCAGUAAACAUUUCAUUCAUGCUGUUGCCACGGAAAAAUACCUCCAAGGCAAGGAUAUCACUUGCAAUGUGACUUUGCAAGGUGCCUUGACGAUACUUGAGAAGGAACUAAUUCCUGAUGACAACAAUCCACUACUUGCUAGCGCUAAAUACAGGAAAUCACUGGCACUUGGGCUUUUCUAUAAGUUUUUCCUGUCUCUGCUGAGUGAAAAUGUUGUUUCACCUUGUAAUCGGAGUGCCCAGUACUCUUUGGAACGUCCUGUAUCCACAGGAAAACAAACUUACUGCAGCAAGCCAGAGGAAUACCCUUUGACAAAGCCUAUGCCAAAAUUAAAUGCCCACCUGCAGACUUCUGGUGAAGCUCAGUUCAUCAACGACUUACUGCCUGUUCCUAAUGAGCUAUUUGCAGCAUUCGUUCUGAGCACAGAGGGAAAUGCAACUAUCAGCACCAUAGACAUUACAGCAGCCAUGAGUGUACCUGGUGCUGCUGCAGUGCUAAAAGCAAAGGACAUACCUGGAUCCAAUACAUUUGUGCCUCCACCAAUGGAGGUUGAAGAGAUUUUGAGCAGUGGUCCUGUUCUGUAUGCUGGGCAGCCAAUCGCACUGUGUGUUGCCGAUUCACAGCAUCAUGCCCUCCAGAUGGUAGGAGAAGUGAAGGUCACCUACAAGGAUCAAAAACCACCAAUAGUGACCCUUGAUGAAGCUAUUGAGAAGAAAUCCUUUUACCCACCGCCUGCAAAGGAGAUACUUGUUGGUGAUCCUACCGGCGCUAUUUCAGUAUCUCCUUGCAAAAUUGAAGGUGAACUUAGAGUGGGUGAACAGUACCAUUUCCACAUGGAAACACAGAUUUGUCGGUGUGUGCCUACUGAAGAUGGUUUGGAUGUCCAGGCAUCUAGCCAGUGGUUGGACUUUGCACAACAAGCCAUUGCCGGUGCCAUUGGAAUACCUGUCAAGGACAUUAACAUCACAACUAAACGUUUGGGUGGAGCUUAUGGAGGUAAAGGUACUCGUGCCAGCUUAGUAGCUUGUUCUGCAGCAGUGGCUGCAACAGUGCUUUGCAGACCUGUUCGAUGCAUAAUGGACCUGAGCACCAACAUGAAAACAAUUGGCAAGCGCCAUGGUUAUAUUUUCAAAUACAAGGUGGGGUUUAAUGAGGAUGGUACACUAAAUGGUGUUAUCAUUACUUACUACUGUGACAAUGGAAGCAGCCCAAAUGACAAUGAAGUUGGACUUGCCCUCUUCUUUUCUGAUAAUGCAUACAAGUGUAAGAACUGGCAGCUGACCCCUAUAGCAGUUAAAACAAACCGUGCAGCCCACACAUGGUGCAGAGCUCCAGGUUCAACACCCAACAUAUUUGUCAUUGAAACAAUUCUGGAACAUGUGGCCAAGUUUCUGUCAUUGGAUCCAAUCAGAGUAAAGCAGAAGAACUUGUAUGCUCAAGGAGACACUACACCGAUGGGUUUCGUCCUACCCUAUUGCAGCAUCCGGGAACUUUACUCAUCUCAAUUAACAAAAGUGGAUGUGGCUGGACGACUGCAAGCAAUUAAAAAAUUCAAUGCAGACAAUAGUUGGAAGAAGAAAGGACUGGCGGUGGUUCCUCUCAAGUACUGCUUGUUCUGGACCGAUGGAUAUUACUUGUGCACUGUUUCAAUAUUUGCCAGUGAUGGCUCAGUUAUAGUAUCACAAGGUGGAAUUGAAUCUGGUCAAGGCCUUGACACCAAGGUUGCUCAAGUAUGUGCCUAUGCAUUAGGAAUUCCAGUUGACUUCAUCUCCAUAAAACCAACAACAACAAUUAACAGUCCAAACUCUGGUGCAACCGGUGGCAGCAUCACCAGUGAGCUUAACUGUUUGGGUGUAAAAAAUUGUUGUGAGAUAUUGAGGAAGAGAAUGAAGCCUGUAAAGGAUAAGCUUCCACCAGGUACCUCUUGGAAGGAUCUGGUGGCAGCCUGUUUUAAAGACAAGGUGAAUUUGACUGCACAGUAUUGGGUGUGGCCUGACCCACAGCCCAGAGAUGCCCCUCAGUAUAACUCAUAUGGAGUGACUGUAGCAGAAGCUGAAAUUGAUGUCCUGACUGGCGAGAACCAGAUCAGCCAAGUGGAUAUCCUCUUUGAUUGUGGUGAAAGCAUGAACCCUGACAUUGAUAUUGGACAAGUUGAGGGUGCGUUUGUCAUGGGCAUGGGAUAUUGGCUGCUGGAGAAGAUGAUCUAUGACCCCAAGACUGGGGAGGUGCUGAAUGCAGGGACAUGGGAUUACAAACCACCAUUCAGCAAGAGUAUACCUAUCAACUUUAACAUCGAGCUACUAAAGAAUGCACCCAACCCAAUGGGUGUGCUUCGCUCCAAGGCCUCUGGAGAACCUCCCCAGUGCAUGUCCUGUGCAACUUUAUUUGCUGUGAAACGUGCCAUUGAGGCAGCACGUCAGGAUGUUGGGCAGGACACCUAUUUUCCAUUAAGUGGACCAGCAACAGUCAGUGUAAUCCAGACAAGCUGCCUUGUGGACUACAGAAACUUUUCAAUCUGAAAGCCCGUCACCAAUUUGUGCUGUCAUACUGUGCAAAGCUAAUAACCUUCUCCCUUUGAGAUAGUUUUGCCUUUAACUGUAUUUCACAAAUCUAUACUAUUGUCAGCUAUACAUCCAGAGAGCAUGUUACUUUAAUGUUUACUCCUACGCUGAUAGUCUAUUUACCUCUCACACAAACCUGCAGCAUAAACACAAUAUGGGAUAGUUUGUCAUUUUUCCAAAGUUUCUGCAAAUAUUCUGCUCAAGUCAUGGCAGAUGAACAGGAGACUCCCUGUGGAACUAUUAGUUUAAAAAGGCCAAUCCAUUUAACAAGGUUCAAUAUCAACCUGUAAACUCGAAAUUGAUAGUUAAUACAAACAGUUCUUCAUUUUGAUUGGUGUAUUUUAUUUUUUAAAAAAGGAACUUGCUAAUUCUAAACAUACCAAUUAGCAUGAUCGUUCCAUGCUGCUUAAUCACAUGAUGGGGGUAGGAUACUAAGAGUAAGGCAUCAACUAGUUUUCUUUAGUUUGAAUGAAUUAUGUCUCCUGCAAUCUAGCCAACCAUAAGGCUUACAGCUCACCAUGCCUGUGUCAGCUGUUUGCUAGACCAGUCCAAAAUGAAUCCCUUUGCCCUCUUCUCCCCUAGAGCUAUAUCACCACCUGCUUCAAAUAUUUAUCUAUUUUUCCCUGCGAGCUGCAAUUGUCUGCCUCAGCUUUCCCUGAGGAAAAGAAUUACAUCCUCCAACAACUUCCUGCAAAAGAAAUUUCUCCUAACCCCUCCCUUUAUUCGCUCAAUGCCCAAUGUAAUUUAUAAUGCUGCUCAGCUAUAAGAUGUUCCUCUAUACAAUCUAUCAAAGUUUUUAAAUUAAAAAUCAUGCAUAAUUCUCCUUGGCUAUCUCUAGUCCGGUGAAAUAGUCCUAAUAUCUCAAAUUUUUCCUAGUAAUAAAAAAAUCUUGCUCCUGGAAUAAUUCUGUUAAACCUGUACCUUAGACUCUCAAUGGACUUAGUUUUCAAUAAUACGACAACCAAUUGUGGCCUAACCAUUGUCUUAUGGAAAUAACCAUUGCCUGUGCAACCACUUAAGUUUCAACAAAUCUGCAGGGUUCAACAAGAUUUGAUUAACAAAUUGUUUGGCAUUGUUAAGCAACUAAGCAUGAUCUGUCUGUACAUUGAAUAUUUUGAUGCAAAGCAUAUAAUCCUAUAAUAAUAAUGUUUUUAUUCUACCUUGGUACCCACCCUAUAAUUUCCCAUGAUAUAUUACUUCUUAACUCUGAAUGUUAUUCCAUUAUAAAGUAUACCCUCCUGACCCCACCAGAAAUCUGUUAAUUUGUUUUCAAAUACUGCAGUCAGUUGUAAAACUUCAUUUAAUGGAUAAUAAACCGCAGUUAGCAUUG